AACUCAAUAAUGACUGUGUUGCUUAUAAACGCACAAAUAGCAAUAGUGCCAUUUUGAGUCCUUAACAGUGACCAUAUUGAGUACAACAGUACCAUUUUGAGUUUAACAUUACCCUUUUUACAUCAGCGUGGCAACGCAAUUUUUUAGGUGAAAAAAUUAUUAAAGUCGUUGUUAAAGAAACAGAGUGCAAAAAACAGCAGAAAAUACACACAAGUAAUUAAACAAAAGCAAAAGAAAAGCAAAGCAAGCGUGUGCUGCCGCCCCCAUUUCUUAGCCAACAAGCCUGAAAGUGUCACCGCCAAGACGUACGUGCGAAAAAUGUUUUGGGACAAGGGUUAUGCGCCCUCUGCUAAUAUAGAGGCGCUGCUCGAGAAGGAGAAUUCCACUGUGGAGGAAUUCCUGGAUGAGGAGGAUAUAUUGCAGGAAUGUAAAACGCAAAAAAAGAAUCUGGUCAGCUACUUUACACGACCAGAGGUAAUUCGUCGCCUGGUCGAGUUCAUCACAACGGAACCUUCAGAAGAAUUGCCAAUGUCUCAGCGUUUCCACUAUGCAAACAUGUCAUGUGAGAUACUCACGCUUGGCCUACCUUCGCUGGAUGAGAAGUUGCUCUCGGAUGCGGAUACAUUGCAAUUGCUGUAUUCAUAUUUGGAAAAAGAACCACCGUUAAAUUCAUUGCUAUCAUCGUUUUUUAGUAAAACAUUUAGCAUGCUCUUUACGAAAAAGCCAGAACAAGAUUGGUUUUUGUAUCAACAUAUGUGCCUACAAUUUUUGGAGUAUAUUAAAUUGCAGAAGAACUUUUUGGACUACAUUUGUAAACACUUUGACACACCUGUUAUACCCGAUCUGAUCAUGCAAAUGAUGAAGGACAUCGAUGGUGGUCAACUUAAGCGCAACCUAUACGAAUGGUUAACUGAAGAUAAAAUUGUUGAGAGACUGAUUGCAAUAUUGCGUAAUCCUCUGGAGACCGAUAAGCAUGCAAAUGUUGCGGACUUUUUCUGUGAUCUUAUUAAUCAGGGUCGCCUAAUGCGUCAAACGGAGCAGGAGAAUGAUUCAUUUGAGCCGGCCUUUGAUGGCUCGAAUCCCAUAUUGCGCACGAUUGAAUCUGCACAGACAAUUGAAGCCUUGUUAAAUGUGAUUUUGGAACCAAACGCUCUAGAGAGCGCCAUCUUAUCAGGAAUAUCGGUUGUACUUACGCUUAUCAAGCCCCUUACAUUCACUUAUGAGCCGACUUCGGAUCGCCAGCGUUUGUUGCAGAAACGCGAGCGAGAAUUCCAUCAGGAAGUUCAAGAGACUGUGAUUACGGUUAUAGCACCUCGGCUACAUGAAUUUGUGCAUUUGCUCAAGAAUCCGCCCGCGAAACCGCAAUUGGAAACUACAGCAGCUAUUCUUUCUCCUCCUUUUGGCAAGACGCGUCUACAAGUCUGUCGUGUAUUCACAGCUCUCCUAGAGACCAAGCAUGAGACCAUCCAACAGGCCAUCUGUGCCACAGAGUACUUUUCUCUGCUGCUGGACUUUUUUAAGGAAUACUGCUGGAAUAACUUUCUGCACACUGAACUGGAGAAGGCAUUGCAUUUGGUCUUUUACAAUGAGCUCUCGAACAAUAAUACCACUUCUACGGAAUGUACCGAUAUAUUCCAAGAUGAUUAUAUAUUCAAUUGCUUAAUGAAGGCCACGAACGAUGCCAUGGGUACAACCACGGCCGAGGUGGAAAUGAAGAAUGCUUUGAACGAUGUUAAGCGCGCCGAAGGCGGCAAAGAGAAUCUAACGGGGGACAUUGAAUUCGAGGCGGCAGCAGCACAACAAGAAGCAAAAGCUGAAGCAGCAGCAACUUCUGCUAAUACAGUUCAAGAGGCCAACGAAGUGGAAGCCACACAGGCGAAUCACAUUGAAAACAAUGCAACUGAUGAACCUGCUAAUUCCGCUCCUGAUGAUAGCCAAGCAGACCCGAAUACGACGACUGAUGCCACACAGGCAACUCUCAACGAUUUGGACAAAACUAAAGCGCCAAUUAACAACCCGCCCACAGAGAUACAAACAUAUCUGAUUGUCAAUUGCCAACUGGUGUCCAAAUUGGUUAAUUAUUGGCGCCACAAUGCAGAAUCGCAGUCUGCCGAAAAAGGUCGUCGGCUGGGCUAUAUGGGCCAUCUGAUCAAGAUACUUAGACAUAUUACGAAUUGUAUAUCAGAAUCUGAACAUAUCGCUGCCUUGAUCGCUUCUAGUUUUGGCAACGAGUCCGACCUGCAGCUCUGGCAGUCGCUUAUCGAUGCCGAGGAAGGAGAAUUCACGCUGGCUGUCGCUCAGCAAAAUAAGCUGUUGGCCAAUUGCAAUCCACACGAGGAUAAUGAGUAUAGUGCGGACAACUCGAAAGAUUUUCUGGGUGAAACAAAUGCCUGGGACAUCGGCGCCACAUCGUACAGCAAUGUUUGCUAUAGCGAUCUGGAUAAUACGCUACAAGACGUCGUUUUCACAAUAGACAAUGAUCAGAGCCUGUUUCAAUUUGGUCGCAACAUUGACGACGAUGAUGAUGACGACGAUGAGCACGGGGGCAGCAGCGGCGAUGGCCAUAACCAUGGCAUGUUCACCAAGAAUUCGACAACACUCAACAAUUUGGCGGCAGAUGCCUGGGAUAUGGAUGUUCAAUUCGCUGAUAUGACGGGCGUCUGUAAUACGCACCCGAAUGUUGUAAAUGCCGGCACCUCCAGCUGGGGUAGCGAAUUCAAUAGCGACAACUUUGCAGAUUUUGAUGCACAUUUCAGCACCUUUAGCAGCGAUCUGGGCAUGCCUCAUACACAGGCGCCUUUGAAUGAUGCCGCACAGUCCACGAGCAAUAGCUCAGAGCAAAUUCGAACGCUAAACGAGGAUGAUGUGUCAAUGACUGCAACAACCAAUAAUCAGCAAUCAAUCAUCAACGAUGAUGAUCAGCAAGCAGAAUACGACAACAAUGCCAAUGUGGAGAAAGCAGCCAGCGACAAGCUUAACGAUGUUGAUGCAUCUGCCACAACGGCUGCCGCGGCAGCAACAUCGAUUGUAAGUCGAUUGCAGUCGGUGCUGCUCGCUGGCGAAGAUGAUUACGAGGAUGACGAGGGCAUGUGGACCAAGCCUCUAGGCGGCAGCAAUCAGUCUGAAACAAUGGCCACAGAUCAACAGAGUACACUCAUCACGAACGGACCCAGCAAAAUUGCCGAAUUCAACCAUGCCAACGACAACAACACCAGCAAUAGUAGCACAGACAGCGGCGGCAGCAGUAACAGCAACAACAGCGAUGCACGCGACGAUAGCAACAUCACAAUUGAAGCGGAGGCAGAGCAGCAGCCAAAGAAGUCAGAGAGCAUAGCUGCGGCUGCCACAAAAACUUCGGAAAUUACAACAACGACAACAUAAAUGUGCCGGCACAUACACCCAUACACACUCACUCAACAAACACCCACAUACACGCACGCACGGUCCACAAUAUAUACGCACAGACUCACACGCAUACAUACAGCCUGAGAAACGACGUCAGCAACUGCAAUUUGUAUAGCAUAUUCAUAUAUAUAUAUAUACAUAAAAAUGUGUCGAAAAGUUGUAAUCAUAAAAUGAAAAGCCUUUGAUUUGCUCUUUGAUCAUUUAUAAUACAUAAGCAUGCAUACAUAUUUAAGUAUAUAUAUAUAUAUAAAUAUAUAUAAUUGUGUAUAAGUGAAGCCCGCCCAAAAAGUUUGUAAGAUUCGAAAAUAUGUUGUUGAUUCAUUGUAAUCCUCUCUUGCUCUCGUCGUAUUGCCAAUUUCCUAUUUAUUAUAAGCUGUCAUUUGUUUUCACGUUCAAAUACUCUAUAAACAAAUGAGCAUUACUUAAGAGCUACCCAACCAUAAAUUUUGUUUUUUUUUAGCUUGCAAAAUGUUUAUUGUUUGUAUUAUUUAGAGACUUG